CGCGGGAUCUUCUUAACCCACCCCUUUUUUUUAGGUAUUCACAAAUGACCAGGCGGCGGAUGAAGCCUUUCUGUUACGGAGACCGAAACAUCUCGUGUAGGAACAGAGGGAUGCCUCCGUCUCAGCGAGAUUCCUGGUUGUGAAGAGCUAUCUGUCUCCAGUAUUUAUGUAGGGCCCGGCAACAACCAUGUCUGAACUGAAAGAUUGUCCCCUUCAAUUCCAUGAUUUCAAGUCUGUGGACCAUCUGAAAGUGUGCCCACGCUACACGGCCGUCCUGGCCCGUUCUGAAGAUGAUGGGAUCGGCAUUGAAGAGCUCGACACGUUACAGUUAGAGCUUGAAACGUUGCUGUCCUCUGCAAGCCGCCGACUUCGGGUGCUGGAGACUGAAACCCAGAUCUUGACAGACUGGCAAGACAAGAAAGGAGACAGGCGAUUUCUGAAAAUUGGCAAGGACCAUGAGGUGGGUCCUUCUAUCAAACAUAGCAAGCUCAAGAAGCAGAAGCUAGACGUGAAAGGAAGCCACAGCACUCCAGGACGGCCCAAAUCCAAGAACCUGCAGCCUAAAAUUCAAGAGUAUGAAUUCUCAGAUGAUCCAAUUGAUGUGCCCCGUAUUCCUAAAAAUGACGCACCUAACAGAUUCUGGGCCUCAGUGGAGCCAUACUGUGCUGACCUCACCAAUGAGGAGGUUCGUACCUUAGAUGAUCUUCUCAAGCCACCUGAAGAUGAAGCUGAACACUACAAGAUUCCAUCCUUAGGAAAACAUUACUCCCAGCGCUGGGCCCAGGAAGACCUGCUGGAAGAGCAGAAGGAUGGGGCUCGGGCUGCAGCUACUGCGGAUAAGAAGAAAGGCAUCUUGGGACCUCUGACCGAACUGGACACUAAGGAUGUUGAUGCUUUGUUGAAGAAAUCAGAGUCCCAGCAUGAACAGCCAGAGGAUGGGUGCCCUUUUGGACCUCUCACCCAGCGCCUCCUGCAGGCACUUGUAGAAGCUGGCCAAAGACGAACUUCACAGGCAAGAGCUGCGUCAACGUGUGCGCAUAGCCGACAACGAAGUCAUGGAUGCCUUCCGCAAGAUCAUGGCCGCCCGGCAGAAGAAGCGCACUCCAACCAAGAAGGAAAAAGACCAAGCUUGGAAGAGCCUCAAGGAGCGCGAGAGCAUCCUUAAGCUGCUAGACAGUUAGUGCCACAAGACGCCCGGCCGAGCUUCUUCUCCGUUUGAACUCUAAUAGAGGCACCGGCUGAAGGGGGGACGUCAGCCGCCGGUGUAGACUAUAGCAGCCUCGCUUACUGGUUUGUCAUCAUUCCUCUGGCGCUAUUUCAGCCGAGACUCUGGACAGGUUGGCUUCCCAGCAGUGUGCCUUCUCUUUUUGGGUGUGGCUUUGAGCCCCCGUGGUGGGCUGUGAAACGAGCAUCCGGAUUGCUUAAAACGGCAGUCCCUCUUUUGAUAUCUGCAGGGGCAAGUUAUGCUGCAGUGUGAAGGGCGAGACGGAACAAAAUCUUUAUUAGCCGUAUGUACCAAAUAUCAGGUUUUCGGGAUCUGUCAGCAGCAUAAACUGGAACCGAUAGUUCUUGAAGUUAGAUUACUAUUUUCCCCUUCCUACUGCCGCUCUUCCUUUAUUGGUGUUAAGGAAAACAGCACCUUGAAAGCUAUAGGCACAACGUAAGGUCAAGUGUGGGAGCAUCUUUUCUUGAAGGGCCUGUCUUUUCUUGCGUUGGGGAACGAUUUAUUGACUCUGUGGCUGCACCAGACGUAUCUCAUCAGCAGCUAGGACUGAGCUAAGACUAAACAGCCGGGGAAGAUCUGAGGCGUGGGUAGAAUUGCUGUUCUGUGGGUGGUUUAAGUAGAUGCCUGUCGUAUUUGUAGAGGGGAACGGUGUGCCGCCUCCUGCAAUUUCACCGUUCAAACAUAGUUACAAUCCAAACCUUGUCAAGGAUGAGGUCUUGUACUACCAUACUUGGCUGGAUAUACUUUUGCAAGGCAGCUAUGAAGUCUUUUCCUUCCUAUUUUGCUCAUUGUCUUCCUGGGGUGGCACUGAGAGUUGCGCAUUCUCCCUUCCAGCCGCCUAGAAAGGAACGAGUUGUCCUCCAUGGAAACAAUCGAGAGAAAAUGCCAGUGGGUUCUGGAGCAAAGGGCUGAGCAAUUAGAAGAUUCGAACAGUCCAAGAGGGAGAAAGGAUUUAGUAUUUCAGUGGAAUGGACUGAGUGACCCAGUGUCACCCCCAUAACAAUUCCAGAAACACACAAUUCAGUAUCAAAAUCACAGAAAGCUAGCAGUGCAUUGAGGAAACACAAGGUGGUAGGGGGAAGGAGAGAUUCCUUCCUCCUCCCCCCACACCCCCAAUCUAUAUUUUAACCCAGCCUCACUCAAAAACUCCGAGAAAGUGAGAAAAUAAGCUGGGAAGAAGCUUUAACCAAAAGAGAUAUGGAGGAAUAGCUCUUCCAUGGGUCAUUCACAAGGCAGGGCAAUGAAUCACUGUGCCUCCCAUAGUUCUUUCAUGCAAGCUGCGUAUGGGUUGAAUCAUUUGAGGGGUGCUUCUUUCCACCGGCCAUUUAGCAGGCAAACUGGCUGAUCGGUGAUGAAAGAGCAGACGGGCGGGGCAAGGCCAUCUGCGCCCCUUCCCCACUUGGGUACAGAUCAAUCAUCCCCCCCAGAGGCCUGCUUGUCUUCAUCAAAAAGCAAUGUGCAUUUCAGAGUGCUGGCCUAUCCAUCUCUUCCUUGAUUAAUUUCACCUUCUGGCCUCAGGCUCCUUUUGUAUCCUCCACCACCGUUCCAGGAUGACUGUGGUUCGCUCUCCUCACUGAAAUGGAUCAUAAUACAGUGCUGCAUGGAGUGGGAGUGGAGGCAAUGAAUUAAUUCUGUGUUGAUAACCAGUUGGAGAAGAGGCCCCAGCACACGUUCGCAUUUGCCUUGGAUUAUAUCUGCCCGCCGUAUGGACAGACUUCUUCCAUCACUAACCGUCUUCAAAGAUUGACUGAUCACUCCCAGUUUUCUUAUAAGCAUACAGUGUCCUUUUUUAACCUCCUUCCCCAGUUUUGGACUUCCUUUUGCUUCCCCAUUUACCAGCAAGUUUCAACAUUCGGUCCGUUGUGCGAAGACUUUUCAAACUUCGUUGCUUUGGGGGGGAAAAAAGUAAAUGGCUUUUAGGGUAAGAGACGGAAAAUAAAAAUAUGUCUGUGAUGAAAGGAUGCUAGGUACAAGAGCUGGCAUUUGGAGAAAAGAUCAGAAUGAUCCCCAAAGAAUUAAUAAAUCCAGAAGCCAACUG